AUGAGCAGAUUCCGUCUUCUCGACUUGGUCAAGGUCGUAUCUCCGAUCGUGCCUGAGAUUAACUAUCCCUUGGAAAAUGUCACGAUCGAUGAGAAGGUCGUGUUCACCAUUGCCAGCGCCUUGAUUUUCAUGCUCUCGCAGAUCCCCGUGUUUGGCCUCGUCAGAGACGCGCCAUUGAAGAUGACCGAUCCAUUUUUCUCAUUCAGACCGCUUUUUGCUAUGGAGCAGGGCUCGCUCUUGGAGUUGGGCUUGUUGCCUGUGCUCACGUCGGCAUUUGCAUGGCAACUUGCGGCCGGCUUGAAGCUUGUGCGCGUGAAGUUUGCCUUUGGGGUCGACCGUGAGUUGUUCCAGCUGGCUCAGAAGGUCACCAGCUUGCUUUUGAGCGCGGUGUUUGUUGUGGCCUUGAUUGUGUCUGGCUACUACGACCCCGUGGUGCGCGGCGCCUCGCACGAGUCUAACGCGUACGGCUCCUACGCGUUGAUUUUUGCCCAGGUUUUCGGCUGGAACGUCGUGUUGACUUUGAUGGUGGAGGUUCUCGACAAGGGCUACGGCUUUGGAUCUGGUGUGUUGUGCUUCCUCGCGUUGAACGCCGCCACCAGUCUUGUGAGAGAUGUGGUGGGAUUGGAGCUUGUGUCGCUGACCCCGGAUGGCGUGCCUCAGACCUACGGCGUCAUCGCUUACUUGGGUAAGAGCUUGCUUUCCAUGGAACUCUCUACCAUCAAGGAGGCUGCCGUGGGUAUCUUUAUCCGCUCGGGCUACCCCAGCAUUGGCAUGGUGCUCAUUGCCGUGGCUACAGGGCUUGCCGUGAUUGUAUUGCAGAACUGCCGCUUGGAGUUACCUGUGCGCUCCAACCGCGCCAGAGGAAGCGCCAACAUUUACCCGAUCCGCUUGUUGUACACGGGUGCUUUGCCUGUGGUCUUUGCCUUCACCGUGGUCGCCAAUGUGCAAAUCUUGCUCCACUUCUUGGCGGCCGCCGUGGCGCCGUUCUACCCGCUCGUUGCCUCGAUGCUUGCUUCACGCGAUGCUUCCGGCAAGCUUGUGUCUGGCUUGGCGUUCUACUUCAGCAGCCCUGCUUCGUUGACUGCUUCGCUCUUGUCACCCAUCAGAGCAGUGGUGUACACUGGCUCCAUUGUGGUCUUGGCGUCUGCUUUUGCCAUCAUCUGGGCGGAUAUCUCUGGUUCUGCCCCAAGGGAUAUUGCGAAGCAGUUCAAGAGCCAGGAAAUCGUUAUUUCUGGUAAGAGAGAUGUGUCCAUAACAAAGGAGUUAUCAAGAACAAUCCCUGUGGCUGCUGUCUCGGGUGCUGUUUCUUUAGCUGCUUUGGCCUUGGUCGGUGAGUUGCUCGGCGCCUCGGGAAAGACCGUGUCUGUCACCGUCGGUAUUGUGUCCGCAUUUUCGGUGUUGGAAGACUUUAUGAACGAGCUUCAACAAAGCGGUGGCUCCUCGCAGUUUGUAGGAUCCAUGGCUGGCUUGAAGUAG